AUACAAGUUGAACUCUUUUUUUUUUUACUUUUUACUUUUUUAAAAUGGAAGACUCUACUUCAGACAUGAACACCACCUUUAACCGCCUGGAGAAAAGAUGUGGGAAGCUAAAAAGGCGCAAUUUCGCUCUGUGGUAUCCAAUCGUCAUCUUCCUUCCCAGACAGAAAUAUUCCUUGAACAUUAAAAAAAAAAAAAAAACCAGCACGGGAGAGGAAUGGGGGGAGCUCUCCUCGCUUAUUGAUUGCGUUGCUUGCUGGCUGCGAAAAUAUAUUAUGUCUGCUCGCCGCGCUGCUCUCGUCAGAGGCUAAGGUCAGCUUGCAAAAGACACCGGGGAAGGCCUCCUCACCACGUGACCUUGGGGGUGCCAAUGUCCUUCCAUGAGGGGGUCAGCCAGAGCCUGGUAGCAGCGCGCGAGAACCUCGGGGAGCCCCAGCGAUGCAGAAAACAACCUACUACGACACCUCCACGCUCUUCGGGGGCUACUCCUACCAGGGAGCCAAUGGGUUCGGCUACGAGGGCCCUCCGCCGCAGCCCUUCCAGCCUGCGGCUCACGUGGAGAACCACGACUACCAGAGGCCGGCCUGCACCCUCCAGUCCCUCGGCAACGCCUCCCCUCUGGCCAAAACGAAAGACCUGAACGGGAGCUGCAUGCGCCCCAGCCUGCCUCAGGAGCACCACCCGCCCCCGCCCGUCUCGCCACCCCCCAAUCCUAUCACCGCCACCAACAGCAGCAGCAGCAGCAGCAACGGGGGCGGCAGCAGCAAUAACCACAGCCAGCCUGGGGGGGUCAAAAGCGCCCCCAGCAAAGCCAGCCUGGGCUCUAGUAACGCCGCUCUCGCCAAACAGAUUUUCCCCUGGAUGAAAGAGUCGAGGCAAAACUCCAAGCAGAAAAACAGCUCCCCCAGCGCAGAAAGCUGCAGCGGCGAGAAAAGCCCUCCGGGCAACUCGGCUUCCAAGAGAGCCCGCACGGCCUACACCAGCGCCCAGCUCGUGGAGCUGGAGAAGGAAUUCCAUUUCAACCGAUACCUGUGCCGGCCCCGACGGGUGGAGAUGGCCAACUUGUUGAACCUCAGCGAGAGGCAGAUCAAGAUCUGGUUCCAGAACCGGAGAAUGAAGUACAAGAAGGAUCAGAAGUCGAAAGGUUUGGGCUCCUCUUCCGGGGGCCCAUCCCCGACGGGGAGCCCCCCGCAAGCCAUGCAGUCCUCGGCGGGCUUCCUGGGCGCCCUGCACCCCAUGACCUCGAACUACGACGCCCCGUCUCCGCCCUCCUUCAGCAAACCCCACCAGAAUGCCUACGCCAUGCCCACUGCCUACCAAAACCCCAUCAAAAGCUGCCCCACCCAACAGAAGUACGCCAACACGGCGCCGCCGGAGUACGACCCGCACGUCUUACAGGGUAAUGGGGGAGGCGGAUACGGGCCCCCCAAUAUGCAAGGCAGCCCCGUGUACGUGGGCGGGAACUACGUGGACUCCAUGCCCAACUCCGCCCCGUCGCUUUACGGGCUGAACCCCCUCCAGCAUCACCAGCCAGCCAGCAUGGAGUACAACGGGGGCCCCCCCCAAAUGGGCUCCAACCAGCACCAUGGACCUUGCGAGUCCCACCCGACUUACACAGACCUUUCCACCCACCACGCUUCGACUCAGGGUAGAAUCCAAGAGGCGCCCAAACUGACCCAUCUGUGAUGAGGAGGGGCCGGAUCGGGUGGGGGGUGGGAGUUAACAGACAACUCGGACGUGGCGCGGGUGGCUGGGUGGGGUGGAUCGGUUUGUUGGUUGUGUUGGUGAGCUCUCGCUCUCUCUCUUAAAGGAACAAACAAACAAAAAGUAUUUGUGUUGAAACCCUUUAGGAA